GUCACACGCUAUAUACAGUAUUCGAAUUUUAGUUAUGUAGCCUCUUAUUUCUUGUAAAAAGUGACGAUUUCCCCUCUUUGUGUUGAUAUAUUAAUUGAUUUAAUUUAGUCACAUGUUGCCCGCAGUGACCUAGUGGAAUUUUAGUGCCAUGUUUAAGUGUAUUCCUAUUUUUAAGGCGUGUAAUCGCCAAGUGGAGUGGAUAGAUAGACGACAUUGCAAUUUACAAUCUGUACCCGACGAUGUAAUGCGCUAUACAAGAUCGCUAGAGGAGUUAUUUCUUGAUGCAAACAGUAUCAGAGAAUUGCCGAAGAAUUUCUUUCGUCUCGUUCAACUGCGAACUGUGACUCUUAGCGACAAUGAAAUUUCCAAACUGCCCCCUGACGUCGCUCAGCUGGUCAACAUGGUCGAACUUGACAUCAGCAGAAAUGACAUUGGAGAAAUUCCAGAGAACAUCAAGUUCUGCAAGAACCUUCAGGUCCUUGACAUCAGCAGCAACCCACUUGUUGCCCCGUUACCAGCAGGGAUUACGCAGUUACGGAACUUGACAAGACUUGGACUCAAUGAUGUCUCAUUGUCUUGGCUGCCAAAGGACAUUGGAAGCCUUAGUAGCCUGGCCCACCUGGAGCUACGGGAAAACAUGCUACGCCAGCUUCCAGCGUCCAUGUCCUUCCUCGUGAAGCUGGAAAGUCUAGACCUGGGGAGCAACGAGAUUGAUGAACUGGCCGAGUGUGUGGGCUCGCUACCAAGUCUUCAAGAACUCUGGCUGGACUGUAAUGACCUUCAACAACUACCUCCUGAGCUCGGUAACCUGAAGAAGCUUACACAGCUUGAUGUGUCCGAGAACGAACUCGAGUAUCUGCCGGAGGAGAUAGCUGGCCUGUCCAACCUCACGGACUUGUGUCUCUCCCAGAACAAGCUGGAGAGGCUCCCAGAGGGCAUAGGUCAGUUGAAGAAACUUGGCAUCCUGAAGGUGGACUGUAAUCAGUUGAUCGAGCUCACUCCACAAAUAGGAUACUGUGAAAGCCUAGAAGAGCUCAUCUUAACAGAAAACCUACUCUCUGAGCUGCCCCACACAAUCGGGGAGCUGCGGAAAUUAACCAACUUCAAUGUGGAUAGAAACCGGCUCACAGAGAUUCCCACAGAUAUUGGUCGAUGUAAGAAACUCGACAUCCUGUCAAUGCGGGACAACCUCCUCCUCCGUCUGCCACAGGAACUUGGCUACCUGAAAGAGUUACAUGUCCUUGAUGUCUCCGGAAACAGACUGGAGUACCUUCCUAUCACUGUCACCAACCUGAAUCUGCGUGCCCUGUGGUUAUCAGAGAACCAGGCCCAGCCCAUGUUGAAGUUCCAGACAGACUUUGAUGAGCGGACGGGCCAGAAGGUCCUCACCUGCUUCCUUCUACCACAACAGGCCUUCCACACCGAGAGCAUGGUUGAUGAGGUGGAUACAAUGGACCCUAUUGUGCGGAUGGAGCUUGCCAACAGGGCUCGAUUUGGGGCAAGAGGGGCCCUUAUUUUGGGAAAAGGGCCAGCGGAGAAUCUGCUGCAGGGCUCUAUAGCUACUGAUAAGGACAGCCGACUGAGCUGGAAGGAUGACAGGCCUGAGAAAGUACGGGAAAGUGUCAUCAGGUUUGCCGAGACCAACGAUGAUGAAGAGGAGAGUGAUGAUAGUGACUUUGACAAGCCGUUCGUCCGCCAUGACACGCCCCAUCCAAAGGAGCUGAAGGGCAAGCAUCCCAAGUUCAAGGCCACCAAGGGCAUUGACGGGCAUGUGAUCCCACAUCAUGAAGAUGCCAAACAGGUGAGCUCAUUCGUCCCCCAGCGUGAGAGUUACGCCCUAGCUGACAUGACGAUGGAGAUUCCACCACCAAAACGGGAGAGACCUCACCCACCAGAGAGAAAAUCCUCCAUCCGGGAAGAACCUGUCGUUGUCAGAGCUCCAGAACUGGAGACAAAACGACUGGAUUCAGAACCCCGCAGUAAAUACAUCGAAGAGAAAACACCAGCAGACGAUUAUGAAAGUGAAGAGGAGGACCCACCAAAAGAAUCCCAGCCGUUGCUACGUGAGGUAACCAUAGUGACAACCACAAUGACGAUUCCUCAGCCCGCCGCCUUGGAGGAGGAUCGUGAUGCGGAUGAGGAGGAAAAUGAGGAUUCAGAUGAGGAUGAAGAGGAAGAUGAGAAAGAUGAGGAUGAGGAUGAUCGAGACGAUCAGCAUGACGAUGAGGUGGACGAUGAAGAAGACAGUGAUGACUUGUACCAGGAGAAGCGUGUCGGCUUCGCAUCUGAUCUUGACUUCGAAGAGGACGAUCGUAAGACGCCGCUACGUCGACGAGACACACCACAUCACAAGAAGGGGAAGAGAAUCGUCAUUACUGAUGACGCCAAGGACAAGGUCCUUGAAAUACUGGCACAAAAGAAACAGGAUAAUGAGACAGAGGUAGUUGAGGAAGAAAUCCGUGUGUCCAUUCACAGACAACCUGGCAUGGGGCUGGGUAUAUCUAUAGCUGGGGGCAAGGGAUCCACACCCUUCAGAGGCAUGGACGAGAGCAUCUUCAUUUCGCGGGUGACGGAAGAUGGACCAGCCGGCCAGGCGGGCAUUCGGGUCGGGGAUAAACUACUUUCUGUUAAUGGUGUCACCCUCCAUGACUCUGACCACUAUGAAGCUGUUGAUGUGUUGAAGAGCAGCGGUAAUGACAUCACCAUGGUGGUUGGACGGGAAUCCAUUGUUCCUAAAAAAUCUGAAGUGGAGGAAGAAGAAGAAGAGGAAGAGGAGGAAACUGAAGAAAUAGAGGCUAACAAGGAAGAAGAGGAGCGUGAGGCCAUCUCGGAGCCGGUUCCCCCGGCAAGUUUCGCAACUGUGACUUUCGAGCCGGAGCCAGGAACCGAGGUGUACGGAGAACAGGUGGAGACAACCCUGUACAGGAACGAGGGCGGGCUGGGUUUCAGCAUCGCUGGAGGUCGGGGAUCUGUGCCGUACAAAGGGAAUGAUAACCGAUUUUAUUCAUUUCUUGAGGCGAUCUAUAUAUCUCGUAUUGUGGAGAGUGGACAGGCAGACAGGGACAGUAAACUGCUGGUCGGUGACAAGAUUAUAUCAAUCAAUGGUGUGGACCUAACUGAUGCCCGCCAUGACCAAGCAGUGAAUCUCCUGACCGGCCCAGACAAGGAGAUUAGGCUUGUUGUUUAUCGGGAAAACAUUGUUAAAAAGGAGGAGGCAGAAAAGCAUCCGCCCAAGGGUGAAAAAGUUGUGAACUUCACCCAACCCAGGAUCAUCUGGAAUAAAACUGUUGCUACAACAAUUCCUGCUGAAACGAUCACGUUUAGCUCUGCUCCUCCAGCAUACAAUGAAGUAGUGGAUGUGGACGUUUUUGAAAACAAUCAAAACUAUCCACCAUCAAAAGUAUCCCCAGUGUCACCACCACCACCAUUGCAACAACUGCAGCAGCAGCGGCCCCCAUCACCACCCUCACCGUCCCCACCCCCUCUCCCCUCCGUACCAGUUCCAACCCUCUCCCCUGCCCCAAAACAACAACACCACUCCCCCUCCCCCUAUACCCAUGCGAUACCGGCCUCGUACAACUACCCCUCUCAGUCAUCUCCCCCUGCACAGACAUUGCAGCAGGCCUCAUCCCCCUCGCUCAGUCCGCGUACAUUGUCAUCCGACUGGAGUUCUCCACCUGCCGCCAUCCAGCCCCCGAAAUUCCAAUAUCCCGGAAUCAAACGACCCGGGUCACGAUCAUCAGCCACGGAACAAAACAGAGACUCUACUGGUGCAACUAAAAGAGACUCAAGUCCUAAUGUCGGCUCUAGUGUUAGUGGUACUCCAAAACCUGCUGGGGAUUAUAGUGUAUUAAACUCGAGUGUACAUAGCGAAUCUAGGGAUGUAACUGACAGUAACAAAUUUAGUGAUAGGGAAACCCAUUCUGGGCAUAGAACUGUGACAGUAGAACGGCAGAGUUUAACAAUGCUGGCAAAACCGGAACCUGUAGCCAAUCAUGUAGAAAAAGACUCUAGUAAUAAUAACGAGGAAAAGUACCCAUUAGAAGACUGUGUGAUAGUGAAAGCAGGCGGGCCGCUAGGGCUGAGCAUAGUGGGUGGCAGUGAUCAUUCUAGUUCACCAUUCGGGGAGGAAGAACCUGGAAUAUUUGUUUCCAAGAUUAUACCAGACGGGGCGGCCUCCAAGACAAACCUUCAUAUAGGAGACCGCAUUCUGGAGGUUAACGGUCGAAACAUGACGAGUGCUACCCAUCAAGAGGCUGUUAUGGCCCUAAUAGCACCUACAUAUGAAAUCAGAGUGAAAGUCCGGCAUGACCCACCACCCAAGGGACUUCAGGAGGUGUCUAUAAACAAGCGUCCUGGGGAGAAACUGGGUAUGUCCAUCAAGGGCGGGAUGAAGAAUUUCCCCGGGGAUGAAAACAGUGACGAGGGGAUCUACAUCUCAAGGAUAACGGAUGAUGGAGCAGUUGCACGUGACAGCAGAUUGAAGGUCGGACAGCGGAUACUGGAGGUGAAUGGCCAGAGUCUGCUGGGAGCCUCACACCAGGAGGCAGUGCGAGCCCUUAGAAGUGUGGGAGACCGCCUUGUGAUCAUGAUAUGUGAGGGCUUUGACCCAGCCACCUUGGACGAGCCCUCCCCAGACACCCCGAGCUCACCCCUGGGCUACAUACCCCAGAUGAGGAAGGCCUCCGUCUCCAGUAUUGACAAAGAGGAUGCUGAACAUCUACUUAUCAUGAAGGAGAAAGAGAUGGUACAAGAAACCAAGCAGUGGGAGAGGGAGGAGUUGGCUAAACUGGAGAAGAUGAGAGAGGAGCGGGAGGAGGCAGCAAGGAGAUUGGAGGAGGAGAGAGGCAACACAAACAAUGAUAACCAGCUAAGUUCUGUCAUAGUACCCCAAGUGCCUGUGGUAGCUCCACCCCAUUAUGUGGCUGCUCCACCCAUCACUGAGCAGGCCCGGCCUGCAGUAUCUCCACAAGCGACGUCCAUCCCACACCAAGCCACACCCUCAAUGACCUAUAAGUCAGAAGCUCCAUCAUCAAAGGGCCGGCCAUCAUUCACUCCCCCUCCCCCUCCAUCAAGGAUGGACAAGAUGGAAGCCCCACCCACUGCUUCAGUAACCCUGCCAACAAAGACAGUAGCAGCACCUCCCCCUGUGGAAGUGCUACCCCAGCCUACUGCGACUAUCACUGCACCCCCAGUAGUUCGGGCCCCGCCCUCAGCAGCCAAGAUUGCCCAUGACCUAGCCCAUGCCAAGGUCACACCCACUAAACCUGCAGCUCCGUCUCCGAGUUCAAAACCGGUCAUCACUAAACCAAAGCCUACCCCUCCGGUUCCCCCGAAGCCUACUACAAAACCAGCACCGGACAACCAUGACGGACCUAAAAUGUCAGAUUCACCAAAGCUGACACCAAAAUCAAACAAGCCACCAACGUUACCGCCAAAGCCAGGCAGCAUUACCCCGAGGUCGGGCAUUGACAAUUUACUGCGACAGUCACGCGUACCUAGUGCAAAAAUAGACGAAGGCGUGGUGGUAGAAAAGCCAAAAAUGCCAGAGAAACCGGUGUAUGGCAGCGGAUCAAAACCAAUUGCUCAUGGUGCGUCGUUCAACACCAAGAAACGCUUCUUCGAGCACGAGAUUGUUGAGCAAUCGAAAGAAGCUGAAAAAACUCAGGCGUUUUCACAUAACAAACGGAAUGUGAAAGCUGAGAAAGCCCUUAACCUGAGCCAGGAAGAACUGCUGUCUAAUGCGAGUACCGGCGAUGAGGAGUACAACAAGGUUCUCUCCAGUCUGGGAAUAAGUCCCCUGAACGUGAUGCGCACAUUGGGCCCAAGCACAUAUACACCUGCAAAUAACACACAGGAGUCUUUGUCCGCGGGUACUAACCCGGAUUAUAAAUUGUCGCCUUCAGAAGAACGUGCACGGUUAGCGGAAAUGCGGUCCGCAUCUAGGCAGGCCAGAAUGAAGGACCUUGAGGAUGAUGCUAUAAGAGCACAGGCUGUCAUCGCGAAAGCUCAGGAACUUCAGAAUGAUAGCUCCAAGUCCACCACCAAUCAGAAUGGCGAGUCAAAUGUAGAGGUCACCAAAAGACAAAUUAUUGAGCUCAAUUUAGAUGAUUCAAACAAUCCUAGUGAAAAUAGGUAGUAACAGCUGUAUAUAUUGGUAUGAAUGUUGAUUUUCUACAUUGAGUGAAUGCCAGCCAAAUGGUUCAUAAGCAGUUGUUCACCAAGAAGGCAUAUCAGCUGCUGCAAGUCUACAAGAGAGUGUUUCGAAAAGGGACGUUUGCAAUAAGAAGAAUUUCGUAGGGUUUUAUUUGCAUUCAUGAAUAUGUGAAAUUUGAAAUUUCACUAAAAAAUACAACAGGACUAGGUUGAUUAAUGUUUGGUGUUCAAAUAUAUUCCACUUGUUGUUUUUGGUUGAAGCAGAUUUGUUAGACAAAGAGGUUUUGGGGCGAUUUUAAAGCUAUUUUAGAGUUGGAUGGAAAGUUAUGUUGUGGCCUACUUCAUGCUACGUUGAAUGGUGUGCAGUUGUUAUUCUUUAAACAUCCUGUGCUUGCUGGGGCCAUUUUCACUGAUGUCUUGAAGCUAAGUUUGAGACAAACAAAUUCUUAAAUAUUUCAAAAUAUUUUUAUAUGCUUUAUUUUGUCAUAAAAUAUUCAAACAGCCUUAGAACAUGUUCUGUUAAACAAGUUAAUGUUCUUCCAAUCAAAUGUUAUGAAGAAUAUCAGUUUUGAGUCUUCAGUCUCAAGCUUAGACUUAAGAUUUUAAUGAAUAUGGACCCAGAAAAUAGUUUUAUAUGGAAAAAUAAACUGUGUUAAGUAAGCUUUUAAGCUUAUAUGUUAUAUCUUGUAGUUAUCAUGUCAACUGCAGUUAUUUUUGUAUUGAAUCUUACUUAAAUUGAGCUCCAUAUACUGGUCAGCACAAGCAUAUGAUGGAAAAGACUUAAAUAUGACAGUGUUUUUUGUGUUCAAAGGUGAUGAAAGGAUUAUGAUGUAUAAAUAUUACAUUUAUGUGAUAUUUUUGGACAUAUUUUAUACCCCUAUUUAUAUCUACUAUUCAUUUAGACUUUUGUGAUCUGUUUUUCAAGGUUUUUGCAAUGUUUGAGUUUGUGUUUUGUUUGACUAAGGAAUUUGGUUCCUAAAUAUCAUAGUUACUUAUGUUAUUACCUUUCAGAAAGAUGAUGUAACUUCAUAUUUACACAUUUAAUGAAUUUCCUGUAAUCUGAUUGGUUGAUGUUGAUGAUUUUGAACAUAGUAAUGAAAUUUCUGCAAUCUGAUUGGCUGAUGUCUUUCAUUUUUGAACACAUUUGAUGAAUUUCCUGCAAUCUGAUUGGCUGAUGUCUUUCAUUUGAACACAUUUGAUGAAUUUCCUGCAAUUUAAUCGACUGAAGUCAUUUUAUUUUUGAUGGUAAAAAUUUAAUUUUGUAGACAUAUUUUUGCAUUAACCACAUAGUUUUAUGAAUAUGAAUUUGUGGCAGUCAGUAUUUUAACUGUAUUUAAGAUAUACCUAUUUAAGAAAAGAUAUAACAACACUUUUUUUUUCAAAUUAAAAAAUGUAAAAAUACACAUGAAAUGAGAAAUGUAAUCGACAAUGUUCUUAGGUUCAGCUGUGUUAGGUAAUAGCCAAAGACAUAUGGCCAAAGGCAUGUCUAUUAAGAAAAUUCAAAAUGUUAGUGUAAGAUUUCACAUUCACUUCAUAUACUUUCUGCAAUAUUUUAAUUGUAUGCUUAAAAGCCUGAUCCUUACUUCAAGUUAUAUAAACCCUAGCCAUAUACUGCUGGCCUAAAACAACCAUAUAUUUCAGUCUAGUCCACAAAAUCAUGCGGAAAUCGUGUCCACUAACUGAUUCACAGAUGGCGUUCAUUCUUUUAUUCAUAUGUUACAAAUUAUUUACAGUUAUAUAAUGCAAAAGUUAUUUAUUUAACAACUUCUUUAUUUUAAAUUGUAUUUUAAUUUUAUUUUUUUAUGAUUUAGUUGUUUUAUUCUAUUAUCAUAUAUGGUUGAUAAUCAUGGUGAAGAUUUUACCCCGAUUUUUACUCCCAUUUCAAGUCAAGAAUAAACAGAAAGAAUUUUCAUUUCUUAGCUGUAAGAGUCAAUAUGAUUUUCAUGAUUGUUGUAGGUUUUAUUUUGUGUAGGAGAUAGCAACUUAAAAUAUCUGACACAAUCUUGAGGAAAAGGCACAAAUCAGUCAUGAACAAAAAAACAUAUCAAAUUAUCAGAAAGUAUUGCAUAUUUUGCUUGUGUAUAGAGAGCUCUUUAUUUCUGUAUUUGCAUUUAGUUUAUGUCCUUUAAUUGUUUUAGAAACCACCCUGUAGAAUUGGUUUACUGGCUCAUUUUCAGCAGAAUUUUAGAUAAGAGUAUAUGUGAAGUAAUCUAGAUUGUUUAUUAUUCUGUUUAAUAUGUGGUUUCACUUUUUGUCAGAAAUCCUAAUAAGCUGCAUUUACAUUUUGGUGUUGGAACAUAUUGUACUAAAGUAGUAAUAUAGGUUGAAAAACAACAUAACUAAUGGUAUGUUCUGCAUUUUGAUUGAAAUUUAAAGGCUGGAAAUUUCUACAGCGUUUAAGAUCAAUUGAAUGGGUCAGAAUUUCUUCAUACUGUUAAAAUUACAAUAUAAUGCAAUCAAGAUCUAUUGUACUUAUUUUGCAUAUAUUUUUAUGAGAUUUUUACAUUGUUAAACAAUUAUUUUGUUUUCUUUUGCUUUUAGUUGUAUUUAGCAUCAUGACUUUUCUUAAUUUCCAUUUUUCGAAAAUGUGAAAAAAAGAACUUCUUUUGGCUUUUAUGCUAGGCAAGGGGUCCAUCAUGAAGAUUCCAAUGCAGGAUCUCUUUUCUAGGAGAGAUUUUCAAGAGUAAAUGUUGUACUGCACUGUUGAAAAUAUCUUCUAGGCCAGAAUUCUCAGCUUGUAGUCUUGAUGAAGCUGCAGUCUGGGCCCAUUUUCUUGACACAUCUAAAGCGUAACAAGCGUAGUAUCUUGUUCAAUUAAGCCAAUUUACUAAAUUCAGCAUGACUUUAAAAAAUAAAAAAAUUAUCUUGAAUAUGAUUAUUUUUUAAAAAUAUCUCAGAACUCUUCAAAAUGAGAAUAUUACACAAAUAAAUAAAAACAAAAAAGGAACACUGUUACAAGGCAGUUAAGAUGUUUCGAAAAUUUGGGGUCAGAUUAUUUUGCUACUAUAGAGAUUGGUAAUCAGUUAUUUGUAAUGGUUGUGUCCUUCAUCGUGCUUUCUUGUUUUAACCCUCGCAAAACAAAAUUACAUAUGACCUGGAAUACAUUAUAUGUCUUCUUAACAUUCUGGCUUUUCUCAAUUAUUAAUCAGUUAUCUCCUGUGGCCCGUUACGGAUCAUCAUCUUGAUUAACAGAAGAAAAAGCAUUGAUUCGUUUUCCAUUUCCCUGACUUGUUUUGAAUUUGCAAAAUAGUGAUCAGAGGACACUUAAAUACCUGUAUGAUGAUCUUUAAUGGAACAGGCCCAAAGUUUUUCUGUUUGGUACAUGUUCAUGAUUAUAAGCCUUUUUUGUUGUUUAAAAAUGAAUAAAAGAUUUGUAACGUAACAUGCCGUGUAAGAGUAUCCAUGUGAUGGAAUGGACUAUGUUUGUGUGAUUCAAUCUUAUAAGGAAUAUAGGAUCUUUUGUAAGAAAUUAUACUUUUGUAUGACACAGACAGUACUAGUUUAUUCCAUAAGCACUGCCAUGUCUGUUUUCUAACCUCUACAACUGCCUGUUCAGAUUGUACCUUUUUUUGACAUUGUUACCAGAAAGUACAGGCAAAGACUUAAGAUCUGAGAGAUCAUGUGUUAUUUCAUUAUAAGGUUUGUAGAAUUGAGAAAAUCAAUGAAGAUCCAUAGAGCAUAUAAGGUGAAUUUCUGUGUAAGAUUGAAGUUUAUUUCACUGAGUGAUCAUAGCACAUAACAUAUAAAUUUAUGUGGUCCCGAGUGAAAUCAGUUUUGAUUUUGCACCGAAAUUCAGCAACUUCCCUGUAUACUUAACAUUAUAAAAAUAUGUCACAUUUAAUUGGCAUUUAUUAAAAAAUCAUAUGAUAUACAUCAAUUCGUUUCAUCAUUUCAGUAAUCAUAUUGUUUUUAAACAGAAUAGAAAAAAAAAAUACAUAACAUUUCUUAUUAUUUAAAUCAUGUUUUUUUCUGAAAAAGAUUAUAAAAUUCAAAGCUCUGAAGAUGCAAUAUUUUACCCAUAUAUAAAUCAUGUUUUACUUUGUAAUGAGGAUUAUAUAAUUCAGAAAAAAUAUACUUAAAAUACAAUGUCUGAUCCAUGUACAUCAUGAGUGCAUGUUCUGUGCCCUAAAAACAUGUAGCAUGUCGGAACAUUUCCAUGUGUUACUUCAAUCUGGUCUUGGGCUGAUUUCUCGAAUAAUCUUAAAUCUGUUAUAGUACUGUUAGAUGGCUUGGUUAAACUAAUCCCAAAAUGUUUUUAACAUGUACCUUUAAGCCAUUUUACUGUUAAGAUAAUUGCAGCCAACUUAAUUAUGUUCAGAGAAAUUGGGUUUAAAAUAGAAUUUUUGAAAGGGUUUAAACUGGUCGUAUUCAAGAUUUUUAGAGGAUUUAACCCCUGACCCCAAUUUCUCGAAACUUCCUAAGCUUAAAAAACUUAAGUAUCUUUGUUCAAUUGUUCAAUUAGCUAAAUGCAUUUGAUUCUGAUAAUAAAAAUGGUUUAUAAUCCCAAAACUCUUAAACAAGUAAAUAUUACACAAAUAAUAGAAACCCAAAAUAGUGAGCCUAGCUUAAUCCUGUUAUAAGGGACUUGAGAAGUUUCGAUAAACUGGGGCCUGUUCUUGUUUGUCAUUGACAUGCUCGGGUGUGGCCAUAUGUUAUGCUCUAUUAUCAUGAUGAUUACUAUUAUAAUACAUGUAGAUCUGUACAGUUAAAAUCAAUAAAAUAUUAUGAUCCAA